UUGAUGUAAACUUCCGGUUUCACACGUGCAUAAGAAUGGCUGCCGAAAUUGUAAACACGCCGAGAGAGCAGCGUUUAUUUUGACGAUCUGCGGCGUCCUGGCAACGGGAAAGCGCUGGCGCUGUUCUUCAGAUGAUAGAGCAGAAUAUGCUGCACGUGGACCCAGGGGUGACAAAACUGUGAUGUAGUGCUUAUAACGUCUUCACGCCAGUAAGCCACCGUUGAUAGUAGUGCGUGACCUUACCCAUCGGCCUUGACCCGACCCGACCUACCGACCUGCGCCAUCAUGGACUUCAUCCUCCUCUUCACCAUCUACCUUUCCCUUUUUGGACUGUUUGUUGUCUUCUACUUGUUUGGAGAUCACCCGUUGCUGAACAGCGGGGUGGUUGGCAGACUGAAGGAAAACGUCAUACAGACUGUGAUGUUCUGCAUCCCAAGCUCAGUCCUCCAGAUCAGCUCAGACACAGCACACUAUCUGUUUAAUACAAGGAACCACAUCAUGCAGUGUGUGUUUGGUCUGUUGGUUCUUCUCGGCCAUGCUAUCUGGAUGUUUGAUCUGCUCCCAGUCUUCUACACCCUGGACCCCGACGCCAACCACAUCAUCGUUCCCAUCUCCAUCGCUUUCAUCAACCUGGCCUGCUUUCAUUACAGCUGCACCACCAGUGCAGGGGAGAUAACUCUGACCAACCAGGAAAAGCUGUUUUCUGUGUACAAGCCCGAUAAGCUGCUGUACAGAUCAGGGGCUGUGUGUUGUACAUGUAAACUAGAGAAGCCCCCUCGGUCCAAGCACUGUAGUAUCUGUGACAAGUGUGUGCACCGCUUCGACCACCACUGCGUGUGGACCAACAACUGUGUCGGGGCAGCCAAUGUCCGCUUCUUCAACUCCUUCCUCGUCUCCCUUGUGGUCAUGUGCCUCAACGGGGCCUAUAUGUGUUUCCGGGCCCUGUACCUCAUCGUCAUUCGCAUGAAGCUGCUGCAGACAUCGUACGUGGACAUGAGGACGGGCGAGGUGAAGCCCAUCUCAUUAGCAGUCUUGUGUCAGCACCUGUUCAUGCAGCAUCCCCGCUGUGUGUUCCUGGCAGCAUCCCUGUCUGUGCUCAUCGUGCUCCUGGGCACAUUCAUGGGCUAUCAUCUCUACCUAGUGGUCACCAACCAAACCACCAAUGAACGAUACAAAGUGUCAUAUCUGGCUGAGAGGGAAUACAUUGAAACUGGAGAUGCUCAACGGAGAAAGAAACUCCUGGCUCAUAGACCCUAUGAUAAAGGCCUACUGCAAAAUAUUUCCGAAGUCUUAUUCCCUUGGAGUGUCAUCAAGUCAGCGCUGAAAGCCAAAGGGAGAUAACUCUUUACAUUCCUAUAUCCAUCACUCAGGAUCCUUUCAAGGCAGUUUAUCUGAAUGCAAGAUAACCCAGAUGUGUAUGGUCCAUGCCAGGUUUUCAUGUGUAUACAUACAUGCUGAAUGUUAUAGGGUCUGUAGUAUUUUGUUUACACUUAAAUUUGACUUAUUGCUAACAGUAUUAAUCUAGACGCCAAACUGAUUGUAAUAAUACUUGCUUUGAAGGAGUGCUUGAAUUAAAUCAUGAGGUAAAUGACCAUAUCUCAAGUAUUCUCAUGGUCGCAUCUAGUAUAAGCUUGUGUCUCUUGUUAUAGAAAUGCAUUUGUAGUUAUUCCAUAACAGGAACACUCAAAAGAUAGUCAUGACCGUUAUGAAGUAUAUAAAAGUAAUUAAGCUGUGAUUUCAGCGUUAAAAACUAACAGUCUUAGUCCACUAGUCCUGAUAUUGAUAACAUAUAUAGCAAACCCAUUUGAAAAGGGCAAAUUGCUACUAGUCCUUAUGAUACCUUAACUACUGGGGAGUUCGGCAAGGACUACAGGGUGCCGUUGUACAAAACAACCUCAGCGCUGCGACUGUCGUAAGUCUAUGUUAAGGUAUGGAGUUACGAUCACCUUAGCGCUAAGAUCGCUUUGUACAACGGCACCCAGGACUAGUGCCAAUUUCUAACUCUGGAUUUAGCUAGAAACAAAUCACAUGCAAAUGGCAUUAGGAAACUUGAGAAAUCAGGAUUUUAGCAAUACAGUGUCCUAAAGUGUCGAUUGUAUGAUUCAGACUACAUCAUGAGCAUCUGUUCAUGAAUCACACCUUCCAUCUUAUGUACUGAUACUCCUUCUUAGAUCUGUACUAACAUGCUUCGGAGGGGAGAUGAUGACAAGCCGUACAUGAGGAUGCUCAUGAUGUGGGUAUCCUUGAGUUUACAAACUGUAAUAUGUAGAUAAUUUAUAUUGUAGUAUAUAAUCUAUAUCAUGUAUAUAUUUUCUUUAAUGCCUUACUUUUCACCAUGGUACUUUUCAUCCUUCAUGUUGAUGUUGAUGAUGAUGAUGAUGAUGUCAUUUUUCAUUUUUUGUGAUAGUUAUGUUACAAAUUGUGUUGAAUUUAUUCGUAACCAGUAGCCAAAUUCCAGUUGUUAGAGCCUUACGCACAUCUUUGUACCAAAGCUACGUGAUAUUUUUGUACCAGUUCGUGUAGUUAUUGAUAACAAUACCAAAAACAAUAACUUUUUAACUGUGGUUGUAUUGUGUUAGGUGAACUACAAAGCCUUGUUUGUGAAAUUCCUUACAAGAGAUCUCCUAAAUUGAUUUGACAGUGGAGCAUGGGUAAGAAUAGCUUCCAAGCAGCAUGAGUGAGGUGAGUGAAUUGCAUCGGAUGGUUAGACUCGGCGUCAUGUUAUUUCAUGUCGUCAUGUCCUGACCGGCAGUUGCUCAGUGUCUUCAGUCACUGGUGUGUCUCAUCCAGUGUUCAGUACUUACAGGACUUCUUGCAACAUAAUGGAGAGUUCAGGAACAUUCUUUCACUCUCUCCGAGAUAUGCUCUGGGAAUGUGUUUGUCUCAUGAAAUGAGGCUUUAAUAUUCAAGUCUUUGAAGACGACAUCACACGUGUACAGUCUCUAUUUAUAUUUGCAACCCAGUUGAGCACAGCCUUUCUCUCAGGCUCUGUUGACACUAAUAAUCACACAUUUCAUAGUGUGAUGCCAGUAUUAAUAGAGCUUUAAAAGAUGUUUGCAGUGUAGGAUCAAACAUAGACUGUCUUCAUUUCAAGUCAUGUAACCACCGACCUACCCUGCCGUCCAUCUUCCAUUACGUUUAGAUGGAGUUUGUGAGAUUUGGAAGAGUUGAGUUAUUUCAAGAUGCAUCAUCUAUACUUGGUCUGGCUUUUAUACACUACAUUCCUCCAUCUCAUGAAUACAAUCGUUCGCAUUACAUAUCUAUUUUGGUCAGCUAAUGAAAUCGGGUAGAAGGCAAGUGAGGUGUACUCUACUUUUGUGGACCCUAUUUUCACCGGACAUUGAUUCAUUGUGUAUCGCUGCAUUGAAUAUUUCAAUUAUAUGAGGGAUGUGUGUAUAAUGAUCAGGUGUGGAUCAGACAAACCAGUGAUUGAUAUUAUGAACAACAUCCUAUAGGGCUGAGACGAGUCCAGUCCUGGGUACCCACUACCUUAUUACCUGACCCUACCAGGGUACCCACUGUAGGUCUCAAGAGAUAGGUACAAGAUGUCCGAUUGGGACUUAUUUUACCAUGACCCUGGCAAAAUGUAUUUAGAUACAUGUAUUAAACGAUCUGGUCAUGCAUACACUGAAGUUGACUGAAGUAUUAUCUUUAUUCAACCAUAUUAAAAGUCAGAAGGAAUGGUGCAUGGUCGGAAAGAAAUGCGAAAAUUAGUGACUUGUAGUGUAACUAUAGAGUUAUAGAUAAAUGUUGUCAAUAAACAAUAUUUCAUGUGACUAACCACGGGUCAGGAUAGACCUGUGGGUACCCGGGUCCUUCUCAGUACCCACCUGACUGGGGUACCCAAGUUACCCAUCCCAGCCCUAACAUCCCUAUGCGGUUGGGUUACGAUGACAUGCAAUCAAUCUGUGUCUGUGGUUGAUAAGGGAAACAUUGCUGUUUAUUCACAGUACACUAAGCACUCAUUUGUCAGUGCUCUCGUUGGCAUCGUGGACACAUCUUCAUGGAUAAUGGAGGAAUGUACAGUAUACGAGGCUGUGAAGUAUUGAUGAUGUACGAACUAGAUGGUGUAUGUGCUUUUAUACCUUUAUAUGCUGUGGAUGUCAAUAUUAGUGUAGUACAGUCUGAAACACAGGUUAGACAAGCAAUGAAAGUGUGUUGUGCCGUCAUUGUAUUGUGAUCUGUUGCUACCCUCCCUCCGUGUAAACUGAAGUGGAGGAUGGUGUACUAGCUUCAUAGUCUUCCAGUUCUGUAAUGAAUUUCCCUGUAAUGAUUGAUGUUCUCCCACAGGAUUGAGUAUUUCCCUGUGGGUAACAGUGUCACUUGUCGCAAUAGAGAACAUUGAAUGAUGACAGUGAUGUGUUAACCAUUAGGCAGGACUGCAGGGUCCAACCAAGCUGUAAAGAUGCAUCUUUCCGAGGCAAGGGAGUUAACUGACUAUAAAAAUCCAGUUUCUACCCUUGCCGAACUAGACACAGGAAUUAUGGAGUUAUGUUUUGGCUGGACUAACGAGUCAAUGCAUAGUCAAAUCAGAAUCAUGUAACGAUGUUGACAUUCUGUUCAUAAACUUCAGUGCAGAUUUCAGACAAUUGCAGAAUUUGCAGAGCGUGUGUACCGUCAUCUGGGCUUCAACAGAUAUUUUCCAAAUCUUUUCUGUAUUUCAUGUUUUUAAUCAGGUGCCCAAGUGGUUCCAUGCAUUUUGCGUUGUAAGACUCAUCUUAUUACAGUAAAUAUCAUGAGUAUAAAUCAGAUCAUUUUCACUGGGCACCGCCAUUUUGUUUGAAGCAAAUGCAAAUGAUAUGAGAGGUGGAAUCUGAUUGGUCUGUCGGAGGGUCAUAGAAGUGAUGUAACUCAUAAUAAUCACUGGUUGCGCUACAAUCGAGCCACAUAAUUCCAGCCUAGAUUGUCGGGGG